GUUUGCUUCAGCCUUCACCAACCCCACAGUCCAUCAGAUUAAUUCAAUAUCCCGAUACCUUUUCUCAUCUCAGCACUUCAUCUCCUCCAUCACUGCUGACUUGACUUCUUGAGUCUUCCCCCUAUCCUGCACUGGGCCGCUGGUUUUGUUUUUUGACCUCGUCAUCGACAAUGGCCGAGCAGCCAGCUUCUCUCGAGUCUCGAAUCGGGAAGGUACCUGAAGUCCCGGUUGGUGCUGCUGUUACCACCGAUAAAGCAUCUACCUCCAUACCACCUCCUGCGGCGGGAGGCUCAGGUCUCGAUGAGCCCCAAUAUGAAGUUGCUGUAAAGCUUGCCGACCUACAGGGGGAUCCUAAUAGUCCCCUCUAUUCCGUCAAAAAAUUUGAAGAUCUCGGACUCUCCAAGGAGCUUCUAGAGGGUGUUUAUUUCAUGAACUUUAAGAAGCCGUCAAAGAUCCAAGAACGAGCACUCCCCCUCCUCUUAUCAGACCCCCCCACAAAUAUGAUUGGCCAAUCACAAUCUGGGACUGGGAAAACAGCGGCCUUCGUUUUGACAAUGUUGACUCGUGUUGACAUGUCCGUCAGCAAUGUCCAAGCUCUCUGUUUGGCUCCGUCUCGAGAGCUGGCUAGACAGAUUAUGAGUGUUGUUCAAACCAUGGGUCAAUUUACCGACAUCAGAACUCAGUUUGCUAUCCCGAAUAUGGUUCAACGUGGUCAGAAGAUUGAUGCACAUAUUGUCGUUGGGACACCUGGCACGGUUCUUGACUUGAUUCGGCGGAAACAAUUACCUGUACAACAUCUUAAAGUUUUUGUGCUCGAUGAGGCUGAUAAUAUGCUUGAUCAACAAGGACUUGGCGAUCAAUGUCUCCGCGUGAAGCAGAAUAUACCCGCGACUGCCCAGAUUGUCCUAUUCUCAGCAACCUUUCCUGACCAGGUUGUUCAAUACGCGAACCUAUUUGCCCCAGAUGCGAAUCAGAUCACCCUGAAACACGAAGAACUUACCGUGGACGGGAUCAAGCAACUCUAUAUGGACUGUGACAGUGAAGAGGACAAAUAUCGGAUAUUGGUUGAGCUCUAUCAUAUUUUGACAAUCGGGUCUUCAAUCAUAUUCGUCAAGAAACGCGAAACGGCAUCUGAGAUUCAGAGGCGAAUGGAAGCGGAUGGGCACAAAGUUGCUGCUCUCCACGGUGCACAGGAAGGCGUAGACAGAGAUAGGGUUAUCGAUGACUUCCGUUCGGGGAGGGCCAAAGUCCUUAUUACUACCAAUGUUUUGGCUCGCGGUAUCGAUGUAGCAACUGUCUCGAUGGUGGUCAAUUACGACAUCCCUCUUGAUCAGAACCGCCGGCCGGACCCUCAGACCUAUCUUCACCGUAUUGGACGGACUGGAAGAUUCGGGCGCGUGGGUGUGUCAAUCAGCUUUGUUCAUGACAAGCAGAGCUGGUCUGAGAUGAAUGAGAUAUCAAAUUACUUUGGUGUUUCUAUGACAAGGGUUCCAACCAACGACAUAGACGAGGUUGAGAAAAUUGUCAAUGAGGUUCUGAAGAGCAAGACAGCUGGUGCGACUAAAUAGGGAUACAGAUGAGGUAGAGAAAAUCGUCAAUGAGGUUCUGGAGAGCAGCUGGCGCGGCUAAGAAUAGACGCUUGCGAGCUACGAUAGCGGAAAGAGAGAACGGAGUACUAUCGAGAGUCCGAAUAACCAAAUUUUUGGAAUUUUUGCCUACGCGUCCUUUUGUUCCCGUUGAUUAUUAUUAUUUUUAUUUUUUUCUUUCUCUCUGAUGGAUCUGAAAGCCCCGAGUUUUGCCCUGUAUAUACAUAGGAGGUGUCGAAAGCGAAAGGUGCUGUGAUGGCCCUUAUAAUUUAUCAUAUGAUGCCUAAGCCUCUGGGUUGUAAUGAGGUAA